CCCUAUAUCUCGAUCAUUCAAUCGAAAGAAAUAGAAUAAAGAUUACUAAGAAUCGAUUAUAAAUCGACAUCUGUCAUCGAAAAAACAAUCGUUGAAGAUAAAGCUAAGAGCGCAGUCUAACGUCAUGUUUCAUCGAAAAGGCAUUCAUUAAAAGUCAUCAAACGUUACGCUAUCAUUUAUUACUUACUUCAUGCACUAGAAAAGUUUUCUAUCACGUUGCUAAUGUUACUCGUUCUAAUUUUAAAUAAAGUCCAAUCACAGUAGAGAAGGUUACAUAAAUGUGUUAAUACCUAUCAAGUUAUUAGAUCAUCGAUGCUCCUAUGAAUUUAAUAUGUAAAUCCAAGCUAUAAUAUCUAUAAGAGAAGAUAAAUUAUUUAAACUCAAAUUCUUCUAUUUAAAAAAUAAAAUGGAGAUACAAAAAAGAACUGUUAAAAGAAGAUCUUUGAUGAGUGUAAUACGUUGCAUACCAGAACGUAUAUCAGAAGGAGUUGAGCAUUUUUUUUAUGCUUUAGGAUCUAGAAUAGCUCUGCAACCACAGAGAUGGUUAAUAGGAAGCGUUAUGAUUAUUUUAUUUUGUCUUGGUGGAUUAUAUUGGUUUCGACAAGAGAAAAGUCCAUUAAAACUUUGGAUACCUCCUAACUCUGAUUUUGUACAUGACACAGAAUGGUUUUUAUCUAAUUUUGGAGAAGGACAAAGAGUACAGAAUAUUAUUUUGACAGGAGAUGACGUCCUACAGCCAGAAAUACUCGUCAAGUUGAAUGAAAUUACAAAACAAGUGAUAUUGACCGAAGUUCCUGGUAAACGCACAUUUAUUUCAUGGACAGAUGUUUGCUUAAAGAUACCUUCUAUAAAGGCUCAUAUCCGAAAGAAAAGGAGUACAGAUCCUUUGGAAGAUGAUUUCUUUGAGGAAGAACCUGCAGGAAAAUUAAAUGUAACAGAAUUUGAGCCGGCAGUUCAUGCAGAUACUGAAUUAUAUUGUAAUAUAUAUAAUAGUUUACCAAGAAGUUGCUUUGUACUUAGUAUUCUUGAUAUUUGGGAGUAUAAUAGCGAUCAGAUCAAGAAACAAACGAAAGAAGAUAUCAUUACAAAGAUAAACACUAUUAAUAUAAGUCCUACGCUUGGCCAUCCUAUGAAUUUCACUGAUCUCUUAGGUGAAAUCACGAGAGACGAAAGUGGUAGAAUUGUAUCAGCCAAAGCAAUUAAAACGCAGUUUAUGGUGCGCGUGAAUUUUUCUAAUAUAGACAUGGAUACAUUUGGAAAUGAUGCCGGAACAGCAGAUUGGGCAACAGAAGAAGCAUUGAAAUGGGAAUCAGGAUUUCUACGUACUUUAGAAGAAGCCUCGAUGGAAUUGAAUAAUUGGAACAAUAAUAAUUAUCAAAAUGAAACAUUGGAAUUAUUUUAUGAAGCAGGUAGAAGUUUUGGAGACAUCAGUUCGUCGACCUUGUUUCAAGAUAUAGACAAAUUGGGUAUAGGAAUAUUGUUGAUGUUUUUUUACGUUCAAUUCAUUCUUUCUAAUUUCAACUGGGUAGAAUGGAGGUUUUGCCUUACCGCAACUGGAUUACUUUGCGUUGGUGGUGCCUUCAUAAUAUCCAUAGGUAUAUGUUCCGUAAUUGGAAUUCCUUAUGGUCCAGUGCAUACGUCUUUACCAUUUAUGUUAUUGGGCCUUGGAGUAGACGAUUUGUUCGUAAUGAUGGCAUCUUGGGAGCAAAUACAUUCGUUCGAAGAAAAUAGGAAAAAAGCAUUACACGAAAGGAUAGGUCUCACGUUGGGACACGCGGGUUCUGCCAUUUGCAUAACAUCGUUUACCGAUGUCGUAGCAUUUAUUAUCGGCGCGUCGACAAUAUUACCGUCGCUACAAUCAUUUUGCAUUUACGCUGCGGUCGGAGUUCUCGUAACGUUUUUAUUGCAGAUCACGUUUUUCGUUGCCUUUUUCACAUUGGACGCAAAACGAAUCGAAGGAAAAAGGAAUGGUAUAAUACCGUGUAUAGUUCAUGAAAAUCAUGUUAUGAAAAUUGUCGAUCCGAACAAAGCAUUAUCUACGAAAUUAAUAGAUCGUUUGUAUUCGAGGAUCGUUCUAACUUUACCUGGCAAAUUUAUUAUACUGUUGAUCACGAUAAUAGCAGCAUCAAUAGGUAUUGUUGGCUCGUAUAGAUUGGAACAAUGGUUUGAUCCAAUAUGGUUUUUACCAAAAGGCACACAUUUGAAUAAUUAUAUUGCCGCAAGGAAUCAAUAUUUUUCUCAAAGGGGUCACAGUGCUUACGUAUUUAUCGGUAAUAUUGAUUAUCCGUCAGAAUUCUCUAAGAUAAUGACUCUAACAUCUAACUUGAGGAAUUUAUCAUCGGUGGAAAAAAUUGAAUCUUGGCCGGAUCAUUUUGCAAAUUUUGUUAAGAAAUUUUAUCAGACAGAUUUAACGAAGGACGAUAUAAAGAAAGAAGAUUUUCAACGAUAUCUAUCGAAAUUUCUCUUCAGUCGUACUGGUGGAAAGUAUCAAAUGAAUUUUCGUUUCGAUGGAAAACUCAUAUGUGGCGAGAACACGCCAAAAAUUUUAAUCGCAACUAUAGAAUUUUUCUUCACCAAAUUUUCCGGUCCUCAUCAAUGGAUACCGGCUAUGGAUCUAACCAAACAAGUUGCAAGAGAAUCCGGUAUUCAUGGAUUCGUUACGAUUUGGAGUAAAAUGUUUAGCACAUGGGUGACCGAUAAAUUAAUCGCACAGGAAGUCCUGCGAAAUCUUAUAUUAGCACUUAUAUGCGUAAUGGGUACUACCGCGAUAUUGAUAGCAGAACCUCAAACAUGUUUUUGGAUAUUGUUAUGUGUACUUUUAACGUUACUUAAUGUAUGCGGAUUCAUGUAUUUUUGGGGUUUAACGAUCGACAUAGUCUCAUGCAUAGGUCUCGAGUUAGCGGUAGGUUUGAGCGUGGAUUAUGCCGCACACGUGGCACAUGCCUUUCUAAAUGCAUCCUCAUUAGAAAAGAAAAAGGAUCAGGAUCGUAAGAUAAGGACAUUGAUCGCAGUUAAACAUAUCGGAGCUGCUGUGGCCUAUGGUGCAGGAUCAACUUUAUUGGCACUCUCGAUGUUAGCUUUUUCGGACGCCUAUGUGUUCCGUGCAUUUUUCAAAAUAUUCCUCUUGGUAAUAUUAUUUGGUCUUUGGCACGGUUUAUUUCUCUUACCCGUUGUAUUGAGCACAAUUGGUCCACGUAGUUUACGACGCAAUAACGAGCGACCAUUGCACAAUUUCGAUAAAACAAGGGCAACGGACGAAGAAGUAGAUAGUAGUAUACCGUUGAACAAGGAAACGGAAAAUUGAAAUUGUUUUGAUAUUUUGAUCUCUGACCAUUGAGAUUUGUUUGAUUUUCUUGAAUGUGGGCGUGCGCGCGUUUUUUUUUUUUUUUUUUUUUUUUUUUUUUUAUACAAAGAUCGAAGGGAAGAAAAAUAAAUAAUAAUAAUAAUAAUAAUAAUAAUAAUAAUAAUAAUAAUAAAAACAUCGAAAGCUCUUGCUCUGCGCCAUGGGUUUUUUUCUCUCUCCUUUUUUUUUUUCUUUAUCAAUAAUAUUUAUUUUUGGUUCAAUAAACAUACAAAAUUAUUACACUAUUCGUACUAUUAAUCACACAUUUAUACAAA